GGCAGCUCAGCCCCACCUAAAUUUUGUAAACCGAUGGUGGCUUGUGAAUCUGCUACCUCAACAAACCGACAUUCGGACGGAUCCAGACAACCGCCAAAAUGCCAGCAGCCACAAGGGAAGGAGGAGACAAGCCAGUAACGAAGAGGAAGCGCCCAGAGAAUGGCGAACCGUCCAAAAAGCGGAGGAAAUCAGGCAAGGGCGUUGACAAUGACUUGGCAUCGCAAAUACAAGUCCUCGAAUCCGAGAUCCUCGAGUCCAAGAAACACUACAACAACAUCGCCACCUUGACCGAAAUCGCCGCAAAGCAGGAGGACGAUAUAGAGGCCGCCCUGGCUGCUGCCGAGGCGCUCGGGCGGGUGUUUGUACGGCUUCUGGUCUCGGGGAGCCUCGUACGGAGGCAGGACGCGUCGGAGAAAGAUGCCACCGUCACAGCAUGGCUCAGGGAUCACUUUGCCGGCUACGAGGCAGUCCUCUUGUCAAAGUUCCAAACCAAUGGCCCGGCGCUCAAAGCUCUGAUGCUGUCCAUGGCUGUCCUCAAGGCAGAGGCGCAGCAUUUGGACGGCAGAGACGAAGCAACGUUCCCCCGGAGUUCCUUCAAGAAGAUCAUCAACGCCCUCAUCCAGUCGCCGCUCGAGGAACUGCGGCAAGCAUUCUAUGACAACUUCAUCGCCGAAUAUGACGAUAUCAGAUUUUACACAUUCCAGGCGAUUGCCGACAUCCUUAGUGAGGAGGGCCAGCCCGAGGACGAGACCUUCCGGAGUAGCGUCUUUGGGCUUUUGCUCCGGAUCGAGGACGUGCCGGGAUCAAACGAGGAGCUCAGCGAUUUCUACGUUGAUCCGCCAGCAAAGAAGAAGCACCCGCUUUAUCUCCUGUCGCAACACAAGAAGCAGGCGCAGGAGGCGUGGCUAGCGUUCAUCAACCUAGGCCUCAGCAAAGGACAGAGGAAGAAGAUCCUGCAGAUUAUGGCCACAUCGAUUGCCCCUUGGUUCACCAAACCAGAGCUGUUUAUGGACUUUCUGACCGACUGCUAUAACUCUGGCGGCUCAAUAUCGCUCCUGGCGCUCUCGGGAGUCUUCUAUCUCAUCCAGGAGCGCAAUCUCGACUACCCCUUGUUUUAUAGGAAACUAUACUCGCUGCUCGACGCGGAUAUACUUCACUCAAAACACCGGUCUCGCUUCUUCCGUCUCCUCGACACCUUCUUGUCGUCUUCACAUUUGCCUGCCGUACUGGUGGCGAGCUUCAUCAAGCGGUUAGCCCGGCUGUCGCUCAAUGCGCCCCCGAGCGCGAUCGCGGUCAUCGUGCCGUGGUACUAUAACCUAUUCAAGAAGCACCCCCUUUGCACGUUUAUGAUGCACCGCGUGCCGCGGACAAAGGAGGAGAAGGAGCUGAUAGAAAGCGAGGGCGUCCUCGAUCCCUUUCUGCCCGACGAGGAAGACCCCAUGGAGACGCGCGCACUCGACAGCUGUCUCUGGGAGAUUGUGCAGCUGCAGUCGCAUUACCAUCCCAACAUUGCGACCAUCGCAAAGAUCAUCUCGGAGCAGUUCACAAAACAGUCUUACAACCUGGAAGACUUUCUAGACCACUCCUAUGGCAGUCUCCUCGAGGCGGAGAUGAUCAAGAAUAUCAGGAAACCACCGGUGGUGGAGUUCAUGAUUCCUAAGCACAUCUUUACCGAUGUCGGCCCCACGGCGGCGCCCGAGGAGAAGGACAGUCUGCUCGUCAGUCUAUGGGACUUUGGGUCCUCGUAAGUUGCAGGUAUGGAGAUUGAAAUUGGCCGUGUUCCGGAGCCUUGCGGUGCACAGGUCCGUGGAAGUGAAAAGUCUCGGAAGCUUGUCUGAGCCUCUGGGCACUUCAUGGCUUGCCGUCGGGCGCGUGAGAGCCACAUGUUGGACACGACACCCACCCUCCGCGCUUACAUAAGAGAUUGAUAUACCACGGCAAAUGUCUCGGAGAAUAGCGUCCCGUAGGAAAAACCGGGAAAUGCCCCUGCCGUAUCCAUGCUCCUUCGCCUCUCCCAGCCGUUGCUUUCCGAGACCGUGACGGGAAGAAACAAGAUCUAGAAGGGAGUUGGCGGAGCGGAAGCGUAACUAGGUAUAGCGUCCCCCGAUGCUG